AACACCCUCCUAUCCAAAACACAGCAAGCUUCAGGAUCGUAGCCCCGACCCUCCGUUCUUUGAUCCAUGUUCACUGGGAAAGGCAAUAUUAAUAACCUUCUUCGUGAUCACUAAGCAACAAAUUUGGUCCGCGACGCGCGGUCGAACCAGAGGCCUGCGUAGAGUACGGACGAGACGGAAGACAAGCAUACACACCAGAUAGCUGGCAUAUAUCAGGCCGCCCACGGAGAGCUCUCGAAGGCACCUAGAAACCCCCUCAUAUCCACACAACAUGUCUGAGCAAGCUACCCCCCAGACAGCCGCCGCGUGCGUCCGCGACUCGGACAAAUCCAAGCCCUACAUCCCCCGCGCCGGCGUCGCAACAGACGGCUGGUCCAAUGAUGAAGAAGCAACCGCGACCUGCUACUGCGGCGCCGUGCAACUCUCCUUCCCCACCUCCGGCCCGGGCUUCAUCCAAUCCUUCCUCUGCUCGUGCCCGGACUGCCGCAAACUCACCGCCUCACUCUUCACCACAGGCCUGAUCGUCGCGGACACCCACCUUUCCCACCUGCGCGGCCAGUCCAAUCUCAAGACGUACGCGCAGCGCGCGACCACGGCCUCGGGCGCGCUCAUGACGAAUUAUUUCUGCGAUACCUGCGGCACGCUGAUGUACCGCGUCGCGGAGAAGGUGCCGGGGUGUAGUAUUCUGAGGCUCGGGACUGUGGAUGAUUUUAACCUUGCGGAAACGAAGUUGAAGCCGAGUUUGGAGGUUUAUGUUAAGGAUCGGGUGGGGUGGUUUGGGGGGGUGCCGGGGGAGGGGGUGCUGCGGUUUGAUGAGAGUCCGGCGUGAGGCGGGGUGGGCUGGGCUGGUGAAUGGGACAGGCUGCUGGCGGGGUGGGUUGAGGCAGCGUGGGCUCUUUGGGCUGGCGUGCAAACGGCGCCAAGCU